AUGUCUAUUAUAACAGCUGAAGAUAUUAAAGACUACAUAGGUUCAAUCUCUGCAUUGUCGUCUUGCUCACAAUUGAUGACUUGGUUAAAUGGAUUAACGCUGUUGGCAAAAACCUACGAUUCGGCAAAACAAAAGAUUGUCGAUCAUUUUUCGUUUUUUAAAGACAUGCUGAAUUCCGAGAUCACUGCAUUUCAUAAACCAAUAAUGGACUGUUUAAAAGUUCUAUCAACCAGUAAAGUAACAAAUACUCAUAUAGUACGUGAUUCAGAACUUGUGGAAGCACUUGACGAUCUGAGAACAAGCAAUAGUUACAACAUAUAUGCAAGUGACGCCAAGGAAGUUUUAUGGAACUCCAGUAGAGAAAGCGGACAAAUCCCUAUAUUGCCAACCAUUUGUUGUGCACUAGGUUGUGCAACUGCAGUAAAUGUAGUCUUGGCCGCAGAGGAACUUUUCUCUGUUGACUUUCCUGCCAACUUUGAAAUCACCUCUAAACUCGGCCAAGGUUCUUUCGGAACAGUAUUUCUUGUACAGGAUAAAGAACAUCCUGAUCUAAAGAAGUUUGUCGCUAAACAAAUUAAAAUUGACAACAUCAAACAAACAACUAUGGGAUCUCUUGCAAGUUACAUACAUGAGAAAGGCGGUCUAAAUGAACAGAAGACAAGCCUUUUCACAAAGCAAGUACUUGAAGGUCUAAAUUACUUGCAUCAAGAAAACAUCUUACAUCUCGAUAUUAAAGGUAACAACAUUUUACUAGAGAGUGAAUUCAGUGUAAAAAUAGCUGACUUUGGCCUCUCGAAAAUUGUUGAGAAAAAUAAUGAUCCUUUGGUUGUUGAGGAAGGUACAGUUCGAUACAUUGCACCAGAAGUGAUCGCUGGUACUUCGGAUACAGAGUACUAUUCACGGGCUGACAUAUGGAGUGUGGGCUGUACAGUUGUUGAGAUGAUAACCAAGAAACCACCCAACGCUUCUAUUCCAAGCCCGAAAGCUGUGCUCAAUGUCUUUAACAACGAGGAUCUUGUAUUCACACUCCCCGAGCAUUCGUCUAAAGAACUGAAAGAUUUUUUAGACAAAACCUUCACCCAGGAACCCAGAAAGAGACCUUCAGCUGAACAACUGCUACAGACGGAUCGUUUUCUGCUGGGGAACUUCUAAAUUGUCACCCCCACCAGAAAUGUGGUUUUCAACAUAUAAAAAAUUGGUGAAAUCUAAUUCAACAGAAUUAUUGUAAUAUAUUUACUUCAAGAUAUGUAUCAUGUAAUUAUUAUAAAUUUCUAGAAAUGUAUGACAUUUUCAAGUUAACCCUUACGAAAUACUGUUUUAUUAUCAUCAUUAUUCACGUGGAGUUUUUGAGUCUAGAGACGCAUCCAUCGUAUUCGAUUUUGGACAAUUUGUCCAUGUCAGGUUCAAAACAUUCCGGCUUCUAGUGCAUUGCUGACAACCGAUAAUUUCCGUGUUUCUUUCAGCCUUCCAAUUUAUCGCUUUCUUGAAUAUUUCUAUCUGCCGGCAUGUAGUUUUGCGUCUCGAAUUUAAAGACGUUUACGUUUUGUGUAGUGUUUACUCUUAUUUAAUAUGUCCUUACUUUUAAAGUUGAAACUAUAUCAAUUACAUGAAAAAAUGAUAAGUAAGUAAGCUGACUACUGUUUUACUAAACUGUUACAUUACACAUAAUAAAUGGCAGCCUAUGUUUUCCUGUGUUAUGAUAAUCACAUAUGGAUUUCAUAUACAAGAGCUGGAAAGACAAAUGACCGUUUCACCGUGUCCUUUAUUUCAUAUAGUAAAUAAAUAUUUCGUAAAGUAUUAUUUUCUUUGCAAUUUAUCAAUAGUUCGAUAAAUCAUCGCCAUUUAUGUAUAAUAAAUUACUUUUUUUCCUUAAAUGUGUUUAAAUUCUAAUUUUUUUUUUAUUACAACAACUUUUAAUUUUUUGAAAUCGACGGAACUAAUAUAAAUUUAAUACAUUGUGUUGACUGUAUUAGAUCAUUUGUAUUGCAUGUUUUAUUUAAUCAAAUCACAUUUUAAAUCCACACAUACAUAAUUUUAUAGUUUAAAUUAAAAACGACAAUAGUUGCUUUUAGUUUGUGUGCUUUCUUAAGAAUGUUUUUUUUUAUAUUAUAAUAUUAUGUAGACGAACAU